CUGCAGGCCUGCGGGUGUAAGCGCUCCGUCAGCGGCGGCUCAUGACAGGCGGGGAGGGGGAAGGAAGAAGUGGAAGCCGCGGAUCCAUCUUCAAGAGAAAAUAGGAAAGAGACCGCGUUUCCACCAGUUUUAUUUCGUUUUUUUAGCGGCAUCUUUCCUUGUAAAUACGUGUCAGGGAGCCCGAGGUGGGGGCUGUGUCAUUGUCUGUAGGAUGUCCCGACAUGAAGGUGUGAGCUGUGACGCGUGUUUAAAAGGGAACUUCCGGGGGCGCCGAUACAAGUGUUUAAUUUGCUACGACUACGACCUGUGUGCGUCGUGUUACGAAAGUGGAGCCACCACAACCCGACAUACCACGGAACACCCCAUGCAGUGCAUACUAACCAGGGUAGACUUUGAUCUGUAUUACGGUGGAGAGGCGUUUUCAGUAGAGCAGCCCCAGUCGUUUACUUGUCCCUACUGCGGCAAAAUGGGUUACACAGAAACGUCUCUACAGGAACAUGUCACCUCGGAGCAUGCAGAGACUACCACAGAGGUGAUCUGCCCCAUAUGUGCAGCUUUGCCCGGAGGCGACCCCAAUCAUGUGACGGACGACUUCGCUGCUCAUCUCACACUUGAACACAGAGCACCAAGAGAUUUAGAUGAGAGCAGCGGGGUGCGGCACGUGCGCCGGAUGUUUCACCCUGGGCGUGGGCUGGGCGGCCCUCGGGCACGGAGGACUAACAUGCACUUUACCAGCAGCUCCACUGGGGGGCUCUCAUCCUCACAAAGCUCCUCUUACUCCCCGAGCAAUCGGGAAGCCAUGGACCCUAUAGCAGAGCUGCUGUCUCAGCUGUCAGGCGUUCGGCGCUCAGCAGGCGGUCAGCUGAACCCGUCGGGCCCGUCAGCCUCGCAGCUACAGCAGUUGCAGAUGCAGUUGCAGCUGGAGCGGCAGCAGGCGCAGGCGGCACGUCAGCAACUGGAAACGGCGCGCAACGCCACGCGCCAGCGCAGCAACGCAAGCAACAUCAGCGCCAGUGUGCCACCACCCAGCACUGCAACAAACACAGCCAUAACCGAGAGCAACCCCAUGGCCUCCCACAGCUCCCAGUUCCUCCUCACACGGUUGAACGAGCCGAAGAUGUCGGAGGCGGAGCGUCAGGCUCUGGAGAGCGAGCGUGCCGACCGGAGCCUGUUCGUGCAGGAGCUGCUGCUGUCCACGCUGAUGCGCGAGGAGAGCUCCUCCUCCGACGAGGACGAGCGGCGAGACUUCGCCGACUUCGGCGCCAUGGGCUGUGUGGAGAUCAUGCCUUUGGACGUGGCGCUGGAGAGCCUGAACCUGAAGGAGAGCUCUGCAGGCAAAGAGCCUCCACCUCCUCCUCUUUGAUGAUAUCCCACCACCACGCAGACAAUGUCCUCUGUGCUGUAACUGCCAAUGACGGUGGGCAAACACACAGCUCUCACUUUUUUUCAGUUUUUUUUUUUUUUUUUUUUUUUUAAUUUUACUUUUUUUUUUUUUUGGUGAUUUUUCAGGUCUGUCACCUGUUACAUUGUAAAAAUCCAUAAAGCGCGAGAAUGAGAAAGAGAAUGAAAGUGAGUGAGAGAGAAAAAGAACAAGUGUGUGAGAGAAGUUAGCGAGUGCGCAAGAGACAAUGAAAGUGUAUGAUGUAUGUGUGUGUUGAUAAUCAGUUCCACAUGACUAAUUUUUUUUCCUUUAGCAGGUGAGCAUAGGUAGCUGUGGCAGACCUUCAGCUUCCUGUGUCUAACAAAAAAAAAAAAAAAGGCUCUCCUUAUAAAUACUCCACAUUCUAAAACUGAAGACAGAGUCCUUCUCUAAUGAAGCUGCUGUGUGUAUUUAUGAAUAGUAAUUAAUAAAAAGUGCUUGGAUGGUUUACCAUAACUACUGCAUGAGGUUAUUUGCAGUGUGCAUGAUUUUUAAUGACCUUGUCAUUAAAAUGGCAAAAAUCCCAAAGCGUUCAUUAAUUUUUUUUUUUUGUUUUGUUUUUGUUUUGGAUUUUUUUUUUUUUUUUUUUUAAAGAGUUACUUGAACUGAAAAAAAGUGUUUUGAAUCUAUGGAAUAUUAUAGAAUCAGAAUUUAUUUAAAUAUUUUAUAAAAGGAAAUAAAAGCAAAAGCGAAAAUUUGGAAAUCUGCAGUAGCUUCAUAAGAAAGCAACACAAUGUUCUGUUUCCGCUCCAAUCUGCCCUUGCUUUCAGACGACCCCAUGAUAACCUGAUACCCAGUGCUGCAAAAAAAAGAAAGGGAAAAAAAAAAGAAAAAACAUGAAAAAGGAAAAAAAUGUACAAGUUAAUACAAUAGUCUUUCAUUUUUGCCAAGAACUAAACAAAAAUCUAUACAGGCGAAAAUAUAACCUGCCUUCUGGUGUUUUUUUGUUUUUUGUUUUUUUUAAAGUUUUGUUUUUUUGGGUUUUUCUUUUUUUUUUUCUUUUUCUUUUUUUUUUUUAAAGACGUUGAUGUUUUCGUGACAACUGUGUAAUCACCAGAUGUACUUUCUAACUUUUGCACCUGUACAGAACAGUUAGCCUCUCCAUGCAUCAUCUUGCUCUGCUUCUUCCAAUAGCGCCUGCUGCUCCUGAACGAAUCCUCUGAGCCGGAGUGCAGAUAGACGAUCAUUUUUAAUUGUUUUUUUUUUCCCUGGCCGAUUAAAAUCACUGUACACAGGAGGAAUCUGCGCCUGCAUCAGCAUUCCUACUCAUAAAGCGCAAAUUAUUUUUUUUUUUUGCUUCAGUUGGUGAAGGAGAGCUGGAGACUUUGCCACAUAGUUUUUGUUCAACAU